UCUUUAUUUUAGUUGACAUUUCACAACGAUUCGAAGCAACAGUUCGGACAAGGAGCACUGCGCAACAGUUGUUUCUCCAACAAUUCAUCUUUUGUUUUAAUUGCAUUUGGAAAAAAUUUAAUAUUUUAUUAUUGAUAAUCGUGUAUUUAAAUUUUAAAUAAAUCAGAUAAAAAAACAUGAAUCAUCUUUGUGGCAUACGUUUGUCCACAGUUGGUGUGGUAGUGGGAUGGUUCAAUUUAAUUGGAGCCUUCUUUUCCACUAUCCUAAUAAUUGUGGCCUUCACCCAACUCGAUGAUGUCGUUAAAAUGAUAGAAGAACAGAUGAAUGAUCCCGCUAAUAAAGAGGGAAUUCGUACAAUGGUUAUCAUUGCAUUAAGUGUUUAUCUAACCGUAUGUUUGGCAAAUGUAUUUGCUUCGGCUAUGCUGAUUGUGGGUACUGUAAAAGUAAGUAAUAUUGGGGGAGGAAAUGUGGUGGGAAAACUCAAUCUGUAG